UUCACCUCCCCAUUCCACCAGCGAGUCAAACCAAAGAAGGUCACGGAGUGAGAGGGAGGCAUUUUCACGUCCCAGCGCUCAUUCCUCACAACGCAGUGAAGGCUUCUCUAAAAAAAAAAAAAAAAAUUAAAAAAAAAAAAAAAAAAAAAAAAAUUGGGAUAAUCUAAAGCAAACCGUGCCUCACCUUUCCUCACAUUGGGGGGUGUUACUGAGUUUCUUUCCAACUUGAGCGGAGCUUGCCUUACCUGUCCCAGCCGUCGGUGGUCGGUGCGUCGUGUCCAGCCAGCAGCGUCCCCAGUUUGAAUUGAUUCCAGUCCAGCUGAGACCAACUCAUCUGGUAAUUUGGUAUCAGCAGGAUCAAGAUGAGACCAGUCAUAGGAUUGUGUGGCUUCUCUCUGCUGUCCCUGGCUGUCCUCACCACUGCCAGACCAAAAGCAGGUACUGAACAGAAAUGCAAAUCUGGUCCAGUUGAUCUGGUCUUUCUCAUCGAUAGCUCCCGCAGUGUUCGGCCACAUGAGUUUGAGACCAUGAGGAAGUUUAUGAUUGACAUCCUUAAUACGCUGGACAUUGGGCCUGAUGCCACCAGAGUAGGAGUGGUCCAGUACUCCAGCCAGGUCCGCAGUGAAUUCUCUCUGAAGGCCCAUGGAAAUCUGGACGCCAUGGUGAAAGGCAUCAAUCAGAUCAUUCCCCUGGCUCAGGGUACCAUGACUGGACUCGCCAUCAAAUAUGUCAUGAAUGCAGCCUUUACUGAAGAGGAGGGAGACAGGCCAAAGGUCCCCAACGUGGCUGUGAUCGUGACAGACGGACGUCCUCAGGAUCGUGUGGCAGAGGUGGCAGCCGAGGCCAGGGAAAAAGGCAUUGAGAUCUACGCAGUGGGAGUAGCUCGGGCCGAUAUGACUUCACUGAGGGCCAUGGCAUCCCCGCCCUUCGAAGACCAUGUGUUCCUGGUGGAGUCAUUUGACCUCAUCCACCAGUUUGGGCUGCAGUUUCAGGACAAGCUUUGUGGUGUAGAUCUGUGUCUGGAGUCUGACCACGGCUGUGAGCACAUCUGUGAGAGCUCCCCGGGUUCCUACCACUGCCUGUGUCUGCCUGGAUACACCCUGAACGAUGAUGGCAAAACAUGCACAGCCAUCGAUCUUUGUGCUGAGGGAAAGCACGACUGUGAACAAGUCUGCAUCAGUUCUCCUGGUUCGUUCUCCUGUGACUGCAACAAAGGAUACAAACUGAACGAUGACAAGAAGACCUGCUCAAUGAUCGACUACUGUUCGUUUGGGAACCACAGUUGUGAUCAUGAGUGUGUGAGUGUUCUCAAUGGCUAUCACUGCCGCUGUAACGAGGGAUACAAGCUACUGGAAGAUGGCAAGACCUGCCAGCCCAUUGACCUGUGUGCUGAGGGGAAGCAUGACUGCGAACAAAUCUGUGUCAGCGCGCCGGGCGUCUUCACCUGCAACUGCAACGAAGGAUACACACUCAAUGAGGACAAGAAGACCUGCACACCCAUUGACCUGUGUGCUGAGGGGAAGCACGAAUGUGAGCAGAUCUGUAUCAGUGCGCCUGGGGUCUACACCUGUGACUGCAACAAAGGAUUUAAACUGAACGAGGACAAGAAGACCUGCACAAACAUGGACUUGUGUAAUACAGUGGAGCAUGGCUGUGAGCACCAGUGUGUGAGCACUCCUGGAUCUUAUUACUGCAUCUGCCCUGAGGGUCAGCUGCUGCAGGAGGACGGCAAGAGCUGUGGCACUUGUAAGUCUGCCAACAUCGACCUGGUUCUUCUGAUCGAUGGCUCCAAGAGUGUCCGCCCUCAGAACUUUGAACUUGUCAAAAAGUUUGUCAACCAGGUUGUGGACUCUCUGGAUGUGUCUGCUCACGGCACCAGAGUGGGUCUGGUUCAGUAUUCCAGCCGGGUCCGAACCGAGUUCCCUCUCAACAUGUACCACACUGCUGAUGAGAUCAAAGCAGCAGUCAUGAAGGUAGAGUACAUGGAGAAGGGCACUAUGACAGGCCUGGCCCUCAAGCACAUGGUGGAAAACAGCUUCUCAGAGGCCGAGGGAGCCCGCCCACUCAGCCGUAACAUUCCCCGCAUUGGACUGGUCUUCACAGACGGACGUUCUCAGGAUGAUAUCACAGAGUUUGCCAAGAAGGCCAAAGAGGCUGGUAUCACUAUGUAUGCCGUGGGAGUGGGAAAAGCCGUGGAGGAUGAACUUCGUGAGAUUGCAUCAGAGCCUGUGGAGAAACAUUUCUACUACACCACUGACUUCAGUGCCAUCAGCACCAUUGCCGAGAACCUCAAACUGAAUGUUUGCCCAGAGGAGAGUCAGGGGGAGAUCGAGGUGAAGGACCCCUGUGCCUGUGAGAGUCUGGUGGAAUUCCAACAGGCCACCAUGAGCAGCCUGGAGCAGCUCACACAGAAACUGGCUGGGAUGACGGCUCGUCUGGAGCAGCUGGAGAACCAACUGCUCUCCAGGAAGUGAUCCCAUGAUCCCAGUGAGUUAACAGGACAUCACACAGGAAGAAUAACAGAAUAAGGAAGAGAUAAGGAAAAGGGCACAUCCUGGCUCAAUCUUUCAAAGGGGAAAUCAGAAUGUCUAGUGAUCAGUGGACAAUCGCUAAGUGUCUUUUCCCAAAGACUUUGUGGCCUUCAGUAGGUCUGUGUCUCCUCACCUUCACAGGAGAAUGAAUCGUAUCUGUGAGCUUGUGACAUAGCUUGUUUUUGUUUCUGUUAGAGUUGUAAAUUACAGUUUUGUACACUUUUUCCUCCACUUUUCUUAGCAUUAUUCUGCACAGCAGCUGUUACAAAAUCUCAAACUAUUACAAUUAGAUGAUUAUUAUAAUACCAGUCCUGCAGAUUUAAUGCUAAAUUUCAUAAGAUGUACAUGUGCUGAUACAUUAACAAACUUAAGUACUGGAUCAGAAGAUGUGUAGCAUUUCAUAUUUACAUCCAUAUAACAUACUUUAUAGCACUUCAUCUGUGCAUUCACACACACGCUGGUAAACUUUGUAAACUAGAUGUACUCAAUGUCCUGUAGAUAUUAGAUUGAACAAGAUGUUAUUCAGUGAAAAUAUGUUGGGUGGCUGUUUUCAUUACAGUAUCUUUCAUACUCAAACACAAUGAGUAGUUUUUCUUAGUGCCAUAUUUAUACUUGAUCUGUUUUGUAUUUUUUGCUAACUAUGAUGUAUUUAUAGGAGAUUUUUUUUACCAUCAGUAGUUUAGAAAAUAACAGUGAGUUGCAGUAGAGGAGAGAAGGUAGUAAAGUAUGAGGUGUUAUUACCACUCCCAAUAUCAAAAUUGUUCUUAAAUUCUGAAAAAAAAAAAAAAAAAAACUCUGAUUGGGUUUUCUGUGGUGAGGUCUGGUGAACAGGAACCACAUUUGGAUUUGUUUACUUAAAAGGGACAUUACAGCUGUGCUCUGCUGAAAGACAAAAUGUGAUGACCAUGUUAAGAGAGGGAUCAGAGAUUAUUCAUUUAUACACAAGGCCAUAAUUAUCCACUCAAAGUUAGUCUUAACUCUGCACUUUGUCAACAUUUCAGCUCUCCAAGCACUCCUAUGGUGAGAUUUUACUGUACAUGGUCAGAGUAUUGACUCUUUAUAAAGAUAAACGAUAUAACAGCUCCUGAAAAGUGGAGCCAAAAUAUAUAAAUUGUGUUUUGGUGGCUGAUGACGGAAAUUCCAGUCCAUUAAACUACAAACUCAAAACACACAUGUAACCAUUAUGUAAAGGGUAAUUUCCUUUAACAUUACUGCACAGACUUGCAAAAUGCUUCAAACAAGCAACAUGGCAGCUCCUGUGUAAUAUAGAGAGCCGAAGACCUGCCCCCUCCGCUGUGUCACACAGGACCUAACUGCAGAAAAAAUGUGAACGGUGAUGGCGAGAGAUAAAUGAUUUUUUGAUCUCAUUUGAGUUUUGCCUCAUAUUUAUGCAUAUAAUGUUUGUCAAAUUAAAAGAUAAUUGUACAAGUCAAAAAAAUUGCAGAUUUCAGUACACAUAGUAAAGGAACUUAAAAUUUAGCAUAACACAGCUCAGUGGACUGUGUCUCUCACAUGGUUUUUCACCAACACAAAAAUGACCACUAUUAUGUACAUCAUUCUGAAAGAGCGAGGGGAAAACGUAUUAAAAGAGGUGAAAAUAUCCAAAUCUGGUCAUUUUGAUGUUACAGAGACAUCUACUCUUAACAGAUCGCAGACAGAGACAGAUAUGAUGACGUCAUCUCCACAAGAUUCAGGUGUGUACACUUACAUAGUUAAAUAUUUUCACUGUCUGAUGCUUCAGUAGUUUUACCAAGAACUGUGACUUUCUUGACUUGUAAAAUUAGCUUUUAAUAUGACAAAUAUCAUAUGUGCAAAUGAUGGCGUCAUUCAGGAUCAAUAAAUUAUGCAUUUCCCACCACUGACUGUGAUACAAUAGUUGAUAUAUGAUAUUCCAUAGGUACAAGCAGAAACGGUAGGGCAUGGGAACUGUGUUGUGGAUUCACUUUUACUAGGAGGAGGUGUUGUCAUACCACCCAUCUUUUUAUUCAGUCAGAGGUGAAACAGUAUCAGAAAUAAGUAAUAAAACACCAUUUUAUAAUCUGGUGCUAAGUAACAAUUAAUGAGCGCAAACAUGUUCUCAGUAGUGUGAAUUUUUGGCUGUUAAUGUUUAAUCCAAGCUGCUGAGGUUGAAAGUGAAUCAAUGGCCUUUACACAUCUGGUGAUGUCUGACUAAUGGAGGCUGAGAUGCUCCACGUGGCACUGUAUGUACAUGAAAUGGCUGCCUCAACUAUAAUAGAUUGGCUCACUUAUCUAGUUUUGUAUAAAGAAAAAAAAACACCACAAAUUUAUAACCCUUUAUAUAUGGAUUCCUGUAUGUUUCUUUUUUUGGUAUAUUUUCUAAUAACUUUACCUUUUUGUAUUUCUCUGUAUUACAACACAGAAGGCAAUAAAAGAAUGAACUUUU